GAAUAAGCUAUUAUCACAGGAAAAAGGAAGUGGGGGAAAGGGGGGAGAGGCUACGUACACACAGCUGAUACCCUCAACCUAGUUUACUCAGUCAGGUUAAUGUGAGCAUCAACAAACACAGAGCAGAGCAAAGAUAGGGAUAACCAACCCCCUCUUCCAGUCAGAAGCAAUGGUACCAGAUUACGAUGCAGCAGUUAAAAUCGCAUGCAAUCCACACAUCAUGGCUGCACCUCCACUUCUAAACAGCUCCACAGCGAUAUUACAAACACCAAUGUUGGGCCUCAACACAUGCAAACAAAUACCCUGUGUUGUUCAUGGACAGUUUGACAGAACAGGUUGAUGAUGAUCAUGCACGAUGUCGAGAGGAUCGAGGAAAGAUGGGCAGUUCAAUGUACGACAGUUAGAUAAUGAAGUAGAUGCGGCAUAGUCAUAUAUAUCUUCAAGGUGUAAACACAGUGACUGCCAGGUGUCGCCGGGGAGCAGGCAGGGCUUUAUCUGAGAGGCGGCGACAUUUACAUUACAAUAAAGGUUAAUGCCCAAUCUCGAGACUAAAACGAAGACACGGAUUAUUAAGUAUGAUCAGUUCCAGACACUAGUGCCUUGCGCAUUAUCUAUCAAGAUCAUAAAUACCAAAACCUUCCUUGUUUACCUCGCCGUUACGGAGGCAAUCCCACAUUCUCGGUUGAAAGCUGGAAACGAAGAAAAGAGAGAAAAUUAACUGAGGAUACAAAGGAAAGAAGGUGGAGGAGUAAAGACCAAAGAAGCGAUAUAACAGCGUCUGAAGUAGAGGUCUACAUAAGAGGAAGAGGAAGGAACACAUUCACCGUUGUGCACCAGAAAUCACCUGACGAGGAGGCGGAGGGGGCGCCACCCCACCCUCGUUUCCACCCCCGCAGUGAGUGUGGUUCGUAUGUGAUGAACGAGGCUGCAGUGCUCCUGGCUGGCGGGCUCAACUCUACGGUGAGCACUCUGCUGGCGGGGCUGAGAGUGGCUGUGGGUGCCGCAGCUUCCCUCGUGCCGCUGCCCGAGGCCUCCAAGCUCCCCUGGCAGCCAUCAAUCGGGACAGCCAAAGAUACAGUGCUCUCCUCCUUGUCUGAUCUGGUGUGGUGGUUAGAACUGACGCCUUUGCAGUCCCAUGCUUUGAAGAGCUUGCUAAUCAUCCUUCUUAUAAACUUGAUACUCAUAUUUGUCUCCUGGCACGUGUAUGCCCACAGGAUCUCCCAUACAUUGUCUUUCAGUAAGUCACUCAUAUUUGUCUCCUGGCACGUGUAUGCCCACAGGAUCUCCCAUACAUUGUCUUUCAACAGCCUGCGUAUUGUUGAAGACAUAUUAAAGAAGAACACCAACUUCAAACUGCCUAAAGACAACAGUGCGAGGAUCUAAUACUUAAGCUAAAAAGAUCCAAUAUUUGUUGAAUCAAGAUUAAGAUAAUGGAUGCCUUUAAGAAAUUUUUUGAGAAGAAAAAGGCUGAUGCUAAGUUCAAGCUUGCAGGUCAAGGUCGCAGCCUGAGCAGAGAUGCAGCACAGCAGCCAAGAUCCUCCCAUUCAGGCUACGGUAUGCCACAGCCUCGGGCCACCCCAACCCAAGGUGCCAGGCAGGCUGGUGCUGCAGCCUUGGCCAGGAUAGAGAAUUCGUCCAAGAAUACAGAAGUGGACUGGUCAAUGAAGGCCAUCAAGUCUCAGGCACGUCGGGAAAUGGAGGCUGAGAGGACUGCCAUGGAACAGAUGAAACUGAAUGAGCAGCUCCAAGUUGGCCCCCGAGAAGUUCACCUGGAGGGCGCCCCAAUGCUGGCUGUCCGGGGUGUUUACUUUCAUUGUCCUCUCAUAGGACCAGAGGUGGCAUCAUACGAUGAAAUCAAGAAACAGAUCCGUGACUUCCUAUACAGCCAGAUAGAGGAAGAUCGAGCCAUCUCUUCCUGCAUCAUUAUUCACACCUGUAAUAAAAAUAAAGAAAAGAUUAAGCUGUGCAUUGAGACCCUGUGUAAGUACAUUGAGAAUAUUGUGUCAAAUCCCACUGAAGAAAAGUUCCGUAAAAUAAGAAUAUCAAACAAGGCAUACCAGGAGAGGAUUGAUCCCAUUGAGGGUACAAAGGAGUUUCUGGAAGCUGCUGGGUUCACCAUGCAGGAGCUGCCCUUCAAUGACACAACUGAUACGUUUUGGGUGUUCCCAGAAGAAAACCUUGAUGAUCUUAACGCCCUUGAGCAGCUACGUGAUGCCCUAGUGAGUGCUGAGCCCAUUCGUCCUCAGCUUGACCGUAGCAUGAGUGUGCUACUCCCAGCUGAGGCAGCAACACACAUGGAGUUGCCGAGUGAGUUCUUUAACAUGACGGCAGAUGAGCUGAAGAAGGAAAUGCAAACCAGAGCGGACGCUGUUGAGCGGAGUCAGGUGAUGAUGACAAAAGCCAUGAGGGAACGGAUGGAGAUGAGGGAGAUGAGGAAGUACAGGUUCAGCCUUAUUAGAGUGCGCUUCCCCGACAGCCUUAUCCUCCAGGGAACAUUUAAUGUCCAUGAAAAGUUUGAGGAGGUUCUGAAAUUUGUAAGAGAAAACCUUGUGAAUGACUGGAGACCAUUUUUCCUAACCAUCAGUGGUGGGGGAAAGGUAACUGAGGGUGAUCAGAACCUAGUGGAGCUACGUCUUGUUCCGGCAAUAGUGUUCAACUUUGAGUGGGACCCAGAUGUACAGGACCCCAACCUGGAUGAUAAUGUCUACUUGAAGCCUGAGACAUUGAUGCUCCUGCAGGAGAAGGCCUGAGGGGAAAUCCAACACCAAGAAUCAUCAAUUCAUCUUGCUUUUCAUACCACUUGUCCUGCCCUCUCCCUUCCAAUGACAAUAAGAGAUGACCAAACUUUGCAUUGCAAAACCUAGGUUAGGGGUGAUCUGCAUUAGGAAUGUUGCAUAUUAUAUAGAUUUAUUAUUUUCUUUGGAGUUGUGCCUCAUUAGAUGCCUUGAGCAUUUUCCUUAUUUAUUUUAAUACAUUGUGAAGAUGUUCUGAUUUUGUUUUCCAUCAAUGAAACUCAAAAGCUACAUUUGAAAAUAUGAAUGUACUGAUCAGAUGAGACUGGUGUAUCAGUUAAUUUCUUGCUCGGACAUGAAGACAUGGGAUAUAUUGCCCAUCGUGUGUGUAUGUGUUUGCACAUGUGCGCAUGUGUGUGUAAUAAUAAUAAUAAUCAUGAUAAUAGUUUAGCAACAAAGCAGCAGUUUGUGAUGACCAAAAAUAUAGAAGUGGCAGGAAUAAUAAAAUAAUUCCUUAUUUAAUCCUAAGAAAUGUAGUGAUUACUUACAGGUAAACAAAUAUUGCAAAUUUAACCUCCAUUAAUAUUAUAUGCUAUGGAAGACACCAUACCAAGUUAUCUCUGCACAGUGCACUGAAGGGGGUCACUCUGUUGCUGUGCCAAGUGAAGUGGGUGGAAGGAGACUCCUCUGGUGGAAGUAGGUGACAAUAGCAAGGGUGCUGUAGCAAGCCCUUACCAAACUUGUUCAGGGUGCCUGUCUGAGAAUCUCAACAGAUCCAGGGUGAUUAGGGCAUUCUUGUAUGUCAUUAGUGGGGCCUAGGAUAACCCUGCAUGCCCUUAUCUGAGGAGUUGUUUUUUGGAUAUGUACUGCACAUGUUCUUAGUUGGUGUACCCAUUACCCUGAGUCUAUGCAGCAUGUAUAACUUAGAUGAGGCUGCUCUAACAAUGCUGGUGACAUGCUGCUUUCAGUUCAGUUGGUUACCUACAGUAAUGUCAAGUAGCCUGAUUGCCUGGUCUAGUUGGCAGGGGUGGGGGCCAACUGAUAAUUGUGGAGGGGGCACCUUUCUUAUGGAGGAACAGAAGUACACCACCAUUGUCUUGGUGUGGUUGUUUGCAAUUGUCACACUCCUUCAUCCACAUGUGGAGCCUUCGAAGGUUACAUGCAGUUGUGAAUAGUUUGGAGCUUUGAUGUUGAUAGGGGUUCCCAAUGUACUGUUGUCCACUUACUUCCAUUGGUGUGUGUCUGUGUGUGUGUGUGUGUGUGUGUGUGUGUUCUAGUGAGAUGUCAUAACUACAAUGAAAGAAAAAGACAUGCAUCAAGGAAGACUUAACAUAAAUAGUCUUGAUUUGUGCUGUUUAUAUAUUUAUAACAAUAUUUUACUUGGUACUGAUUGAGUUAUGACAAUGUUCUCCAUAAAGUAACCCCAGUUUUAGAUGUCAAAUGUAUUCAGAAAUAUCCUUUUUAUUUUCACUUGCUGAAUGAAGGGUGUGGCAAUGAAUCACAAGUUUUAGAGCCUUAUUUUUUUUUUUUUUUUUUUGGGGGGGGGGGCGUUGUUUUGUACACUGAGUUUUCUUUUUGUUGGUUUCCUCAUUACUGAGAUUAAAUGAUGUUUUUUAUUCUGUUAAGAAACAAUUCCCAAAAUUUUCCUGUAAGUGAAAGGUAAUUAUACUGCUUACAGAUUAUCUCAAGAGUUUUUUGAAUGAGUAAAAUGCUUACUAAAGUUUGUUUAUUAUGGUAUUAUCCACACCAUUAAUGUUUCCAAGUUCUUAAGAUGCAAAUCGCUAUGUUCAAGAAAAUACACCGAUAAUGAAGCCACUUGAUUGGUAUUUCAAAUUUUCACAUCUUUUCGUUGGUUUUGUCUGGUUUCCAUUUUCUCACAUUGUCAAAUAAAUUUGGUAUAAUGGGUCUUGUUUUAUCAUGAGUGUUAAGAGAACUUAUUUAAUCUUUAGUUUAUAGUUUUCUCUUUUGCAUUUAUAUUGUCAUGUGGUUCUUGAGUGUAAAAAAAGCUUUAACAACUUUACAAAUAUAAAGGGUUACUCUAGUAAAUAUCACUCUGGGAGAGAAAUGCUACUAAUGCUGCUUGCUUUUUUUUUUAAUAUAAUGAUAUAGCAGCUCGCUUCAAAUUCUCUAAACAAAACGAAGUAAAGUAUAAUUUUGCAAUAUUGUGAAUGUUUUUUUCUGCCAGUCAUUUUCCAUGUACUUAUACAGUGUAUAUGUAAGUAGAACAAGUAUAUUUAUGAAAAGAAAUCAACAUUACACACAAAAAAAUACUUGACAAGGAAAUACUGAUGCAAAAAUAGUGACAAGUUGCACAGUAACUGACAGUUCAUUCCACUGUUAUUCCCAUAUUACCAUAUUAAGUGUUGCAGCUUGUAGCUGCUAUAUGCUUUUAUGAAAUAAAUGUAUAUAUUAUA